GUCAGCAUUUCCCAACUGCAGAGGCAACAGACAGCGGAUGCAAAACAUUCACCUGCUCAUCGGCUACAUGAUUUCAGCGAAUCUAUUAUAGUUAUUUACCAAUAGAACACGUACCGUUGUUGAAAUACUGCAAGCAAACAUGUUGCUGCAGGUUAGACUAUCAGAAGUAUGCCUUUUUCUACAGGCUAUGUUUAUUUUAGCGUGCUGUUUCAGUGAUAUGGAUUCGGGGCCUAUCGCGACGGGUGGAUCUGUUCAACCAAACGGAGAUCGUUUCAAAAUCGAGGGUCGGGCAAUCGUUCCUGGGGUGAAAACUCAAGACUGGAUUUCGUCAGCCCGAGUCACGGUAGAGGGAGAAGAGUAUAUAGGCUUCUUGAGAACUGAUGGAAGUUUCGUUGUUAAUGAUGUUCCCUCUGGAUCCUACGUUGUGGAAGUGAUCUCACCUGGAUACAAAUUUGAAGCAGUCCGUGUGGACAUCACGUCUAAGGGGAAAAUGAGGGCCCGCCUGGUGAACUUCAUCAAGACGUCCGAGGUGAUCCGCCAGCCUUACCCACUCCAGUUGAGGUCAUCUGGGCCACACACCUACUUCAUGAAGAGAGAGACCUGGGGGUGGACCGACUUCCUCAUGAAUCCCAUGGUCAUGAUGAUGGUCCUUCCUCUGCUGAUUAUCGUCUUGCUACCUAAGGUUGUCAACACCAACGACCCUGAGAUGAGAAAGGAAAUGGAGCAGUCAAUGAACAUGCUGAACCCCAACCCUGAGCUACCUGACGUGUCUGAGUUCAUGACCAAGCUGUUCUCCGGCUCCAAGGGCUCCAGCAGCAAGGCUGUAGCUGGCAGCAAGGCUAGUGGCCGCCCGGCAGUGAAGAGGAGGUAGUACCAGAAUGUUACAUGCUCCCUGGGUCACCACCCUGGGUCACCACCCCGGGCCUGAGGAACCACUCUUAACUGGUUAUGCCAUGGAAAUGAUAAUAAUACGAUUUUUUUUUUAAUAGCUUUUUCAUUCGUCUGUACAAUUGUUUUUUGAGCAGGUUUUUUUUCCUUGUUUGAAAUACAAGUCUGGUUAUCUGUACGUGAAAUGACUGAGGAUAUCAGAAGGCUUGAGAUGGAUGUUUAUUUGUAUUUGUAUUUUUUUGCACUGCUAACUUCAACUCGAUAUGAAAGAAAGAAAGAUUUUACUCUUUGAUGUUUUGCAUUGUACCUAUGAGUGACUUUGUUAUGCCUGCUUGGUCCCUUCAUGUACUCCUCAUCGUUUAACCCUCGUCUCAUUGGAUAGAUGGGAUACUAACUGUGUCUAACAACCCUCUGGUGUGUACUACUGUUCUGCGGCAUCAGUCGUAUGUCAAUUCUAAUUCUUCAACUACUUGAAUGAGAGCUUAUAUCAAUUUUCAGAGAUGCUCUUCUUUUUCUGAGUUAGGGCCAAAGGUAAUAUGACUGUGAAUGGACUUUAAAAUGUAUUGCAUUUGAAUUAUUAAACAGACUUAUUUAAAUACCAAGGUAAAAUAAAAUAUAGAUGGUGAA